AUGCAGUUCGCCACGUUGGAAGACUUGACGGGUCGUUGCAUCUUGUGUCAGACGUACCGAUUUAUGUGAAGUUCCUGUUUACAGCGGUCCGAAUCACGUCAAGAUGAAAGUCAAGGAGCUACAGAAGACAGUGAAUGUAGCAUGGUCCCCGUCAGCUAUGCAUCACAUUAUGCUGGCUGCGGGGACGGCAGCGCAGCAGCUAGAUAGCAGUUUCGGCACUGCUGCCAGUUUGGAGUUGUAUUUGCUGAAUCUCGAACAACCGGGAUAUGAUUUAAAACUCCAAGCGAGUGUUCCUAGUGAUCAUAGGUUUCACAAGAUCAUCUGGGGAUCUUACGGAAAUCUUCCAACAGGUUUUAUCAUUGGAGGUUGUGACGAUGGCGUUGUAAAGAUUUAUUCUGGUACUAGAGUAUUGAUCAGGGACAGUAACUGUCUGAUUAGCGACUCUCACAAACACUCUGGUCCUGUUAGAGCUAUGGAUUUUAAUCCUUUUCGGGAAAACAAUCAGCUGGCUACUGGUGCAACAGAGAGUGAGAUCUUCAUCUGGGAUAUUAAUACAAACACUCCAACCACUCUUUACAAGGGUCAAGGAUCGGAAGAUGUUCAGCACGUUACGUGGAAUAAACAAGCAAAGGACAUUCUUGCUUCUACAUUUUCACAUGGCUGUGUCAUAUGGAAUGUAAAAGAAAAAAAGCCAAUACAUAAAGUGACAAAUGCAAAUUCAAGGGUACGUUGGAAAGCUACGCAAUGGCAUCCAGAAAUUGGGACACAAUUCUGUAUAGCGUCUGAAGAUGAUCAGACGCCCAUUAUCGAAUUAUGGGAUCUCAGAUAUUUAUCCUCACCUUUGAGAACACUGCAAGGUCAUCAGCGUGGGGUUCUCUCAAUUGCAUGGAAUCCAGAGGAUCCUGAUUUGCUUUUGAGCUGUGCCAAGGAUAACAGAAUUCUAUGCUGGAAUCCCAACUCCAAUGUUGUGAAUGGCGAAGUGAUAUGUGAGCUAGCACAGACAACUCAAUGGACGUUUGAAGUGUCUUGGUGUCCGAGGAAUCCAGCGUUACUUGUUGGUAGCAGUUUUGACGGUCACGCUGCUGUCUACUCUUUGCUUGGUGGACAGGUGCAAGAAACGUACAACACAAUUCUCGAUUCAUUUCCAGGAGUGGAUCCUUUCGCACAUCCUCUUCCGCCCACAGCGCAAACAAAAGUACCGGUAUUGACUAAAGCCCCGAAAUGGCUGAAGAGACCAGUAGGCGCAUCGUUUGGAUUUGGUGGUAAAUUAAUAACGUUCGAGAAUCAACCUGCUGAUCCGGAAAGAAAACUAAAUCCGUGCAGAAAAGUUACUGUGUCACAAAUGGUCACACAACCCAGUCUCAUUCAACGUUCAAACAAACUGAAAUUGGCGCUGGAGACUGAGCAGUACAGCGAGUUCUGCAAGGACAAGAUUGACAAAUCUCCGGACGAGCAUAACAAAAAGAUUUGGAGUUGCGUGCGCGCUUACUUCGAAGAAAAUGUGACGAAGAAUAUUUUGGAAUUGCUGGGUUACGAUAUCGAGGCGAUGAACAAUAAGUUGAAUCAGUUUGUGUCUCAAGAUGAUGUCAACACCAUCACGGAAGGCGUAUCUAAUCUCAACAAUAUGUUGAAUGGAGAUAUAGCUAGCAAAACUAGAUUUGACAAUGUCGCACAGGAGCAAGAGUCUACGAAACUAGCACCAUCAAGUAAAUUCGCAGAUAGUGCUUUCGCCAUAAACACCUCCGAUACCAACGAUGGUCUUAUUAGUCAAGCGAUUCUUGUGGGCAACAUCGAAGCUGCUGUGUCUUUGUGUUUUUCUAGCAAAAGGUACGCUGACGCCAUCAUCCUUUCGAUGGCUGCCGGUCCCGAGCUGUUGGCACGUACCCAAUAUAAAUAUUUCUCUGAACAUUCCGGUGCAUUAAAUUCUCUCAUCAACUCAUUAGUCAGCGAGAAUUGGAUAGAAGUUGUGAAAAACAGCGAUAUAAAGUGCUGGAAAGAAGUGUUAGUCGGUAUAUUUACACAUUCCAAUCAGGAACAGUCUACUUUGUGCGAUAUGCUGGGUGACCGUUUGGUAUCGUGCGAAAACCCGGCUCUUAGAAAGCAAGCGCAAAUUUGUUACAUUUGUUCCGGCAACUUGAACAAGUUGGUUGAGGUGUCUGAUGCUGAUAUUCAAGAGAUCGUAGAAUUAAUAGUGAUAAUGCAAAAAGCCUUGGCAUUCCAAGGUGUCAGAGAACACCAGGUAGAUAAUAAUAUCGCUACUGUAUUGUCUAAAUACGCCGAGAUGCUGGCGGCAGAAGGCAAUUUGGAAGCGGCCUUGAAUUACCUCGGGAACAGUCAGGAUCAAAGAGUUCUAAUGUUGAGAGAACGGCUGUUGAAAGCUUUGAGCUACGUGCAAGACCAGAGGCACGUUGCGAAACCUGCGACUCAGAAUUAUUACUACGAUCAAACGCGAAGAUCGUCAAGUUCUCAGAACGUGUACAAUCCGCUGCAGCAACCGUUGCAACAUUCGUUGCAGCAACCGUUGCAGCAGCAAACAUUGCAACAACCUUUACAGCAACCAUUGCAACAGCCGUUACAGCCGACAUUACAGCAACCGUUGCAACAUUCGUUACAGCAGCCGCUGCAACAACCGUUGCAGCAGACGACACCUGUGCAAAGUUGGAAUACGAAUCCCCUGAAACCAUCUUACGGAACUCCGAGUCAAUUUAACCCUCAGCAGCCUCAGCAGUCGUAUGGAAUACCUCCUCCUCCUCUUCAAUCAUCUCUUCAGCAAACGCAGUCUACGAUGUACGAUCAAUAUUCCUCACCACAUCUGUACAAUCAGGGUGCGGUGACACAGCCUCCUCCCCCACCUCCACCGACGUCCACUGCGAAUUUGAGCGGCUCGAGACCGUCCAGUGUUGGACCACAGUCGAGAUCCAAAUAUCUGAUAGAUCCGUCUGUGAAGUCCACACCGUCGUAUAGCCAGGGUGGUUUUCCGCCACCGAAUCCGUACAAUUCUCAGCAAAUUGCGCCCGUUCCUGGCUACCCCGUCGCGUCAAAUCUUCCGCAGAAUCCUCCGUAUCAACCCCAAGUUCCUAUGAUGAACAAUCCUUAUCCCGCCCAGUCGACAGGCUUUACAAAUACGCCUAAAGAAAUCUCCGAACCAUUCAAACCGCCUCCGUCGAACAUCAUGCCGCCGCCCAUGCAAAACGCGCCUCAGACUCAAAUGUACGAUCUUGUCAGAACUCAGCCUGCUUCGCAAAUGCAACAAUUUGGAAACGAAAACGCGUAUCAGUUGCCACCUCAGCCAUCUGGAUGGAACGAUCCGCCGAUUGCGAAGAGUUCCAAAGUGCAGCCAGUACUGGCACUAUUCAACAAAAACGAAAUGUCUGCGGAACAUGCCGGUACCAGGAAGUGGAAGGCAAAGCAUUCGAAAGGUGUAGACGUUAAGAAAUCAGAGAUUCAACCACAUCUUCCGAUCAUGCAUCCAUUAAUGCCUGGUCAGACAGAACCGAAUCCGUUACCCCAGGAUAAUUUCUAUCAAGAACCUCAUGCACCUUACAAUCCACAAUAUGGACAGCCCAUGCAACCAGGCAACGCACCGCUUCUUAACAAACCGCUUGAACAACCAUUACAAUCGCUACAACCGCUACAUCAAUCGUCACAGCCUGAGGUGCCUGCCAGAAUGGCCGAACCUGAGAAACCUAAAGCGCCUAUUCCCGAGCAGCAUUUGCAUUUAAAGACGAUACUGGACGAAUUGAGAGAUCAGUGCUAUGAGCACGCGAAAAAUCCCCAAAUCAAAAAGAAGAUAGAAGAUGUAUCGAAGAAGUUGGAGGUGCUAUAUGAUUGCCUUAGAGAAAAUAAGCUAUCUCAAAAUACUUUGCAAGGAUUACAUCAGAUAUCGCAGAUGAUACAAAAUGGCAAUUACACCGGCGGAUUAGAUUUACACACGCAAUUAGUGUCAGGGCCAGAUUUUAGUCAAAUAGCUUCCUUUAUGCCUGGAAUUAAAGUAUUACUUCUAAGUGCACUUCAACUGAGCGUCUAUAUCAGAUAGAAUGUCCAGAUAUAAAGAAAUCAUAUAUGUUAAAUUGUUCAUAUGUACUCGUUACAAAAUUUUAUAACACUAAACUCCGUAUAUAUAUAAUAAAAAGAAUAUUAUUUGUUAUUAUAUUAACUUUACAAAAUAAUAUCCACACGUUAAUAUAAGGCAAUAAUAAUGUAAUAAGUAAU